CAAGAGAGAGAUAGUGAGAGAGAGAGAAGGGGGGAGAGCGCAGAGUCGUCGUUGAGGACGCGGGGGUGCGGGGGUGGGCUUGCUUGCCGUCGAGACCACGAGCAGGAAUUGCGAUCGUGGACGAAAGACGACUGGCAGCAAUUGGAUGGUGUUGUGAAGAGAGACGAGGGCUCGGGUCUCUUGCUCGUGGAAUUGCGUGUCGGAAUUGCCUGGAGACAUGGGCCCGAAGAACGGAGCAGUGUUGCAGAGGCAGAAGUCCAAUUCCGGGAAGGAGCUAUCAUGGAUCGAUCGCAUGCAGCUGAAGCUGGACAGUUUGUGCGAAAUGGAUACGGGGCGCAAUCCGGCCGAGGGCAUUCACGAUAGCAGCCUGUUCUUCGAGAGCCAGUUCAGCCAAGUGGGCACGAAUGUGCGCAAGUUCUGCGCCGAGUUCGUGCGCGAAUUGCUGGUCCCGGAGGACUGCCCGUCGCAGCAGAGAUCGUCCGAGGUCGCGGCGACGGAGGACUCCGCAGCGGUGGCCAGCAGCGGCGCGGACAGGCCCUCGGCGCUGGGCCUGGAAGGCGCGAACGCGUCGGGCCUCGUGCGGCGCGCGUCGUCCAUCAUGGUCACGGCGCCGCCGGAGAUCGUCGCGGAGGCCGUGCGCAGCGUGCCGGCCAAACCCCCCCUGGUCCCCGAGGCCCCGGUCUUCUUCAUCGGCAACGAGCAAUCGGAGCAGGACCUGGGCACGUCCAAGUUCGCGGACGAGGACGCCGAUCAGUACGCCCACUGGUUCGUGAGCGAGGAGUACCGGAGAAUGAGACUGGGGAAAUCGACGUCCACCUCGUCGAUCCAAAGCUGGGAUGGCCAUCACCGAGCGCCGAGCAGUGACAGUUUGCUGGAUUGGGAGCUGAUCUGAUCUAGGUAGGCGCGAGUGUGCAGAAAUCCAAUCUGUGAGGGGCUGGGUUCCUUGAAUAAAGUCGCCCAGCGUGGGGAAGAAGUCAUGGGAAAUAAGUUGGGAGUGAGAGAGAGAGAGUUCAGGAGUUCUCCGAGGCCCCUGGAGGCAAAGCAGGCUGGACACAGUGACUAAUAUCGGAUUGCGAAGGAUACAUACGAGGAGGAAUAUUACGUCGCUCUUUCACGACUCAACCUAAAAUUUGCUUCUUACUUACCACCACCAACAUCAUCAUCAUCGCCAUCGUCAUUGCUGCCCGCCAUCACCGAGCGAAGCUUGGUGAGAACUCUGCUUUUGCCCACUCAGUCACGGAGCUCGAUGUUCCCGUGCACCAUUAUGGAGGAUCGCGUCCACAGGGCAGAUUUGGCAUCACGACCAAAGGGAAAGUUCACUCCGCCUCUGUUACCUUCAGUGGAAAGUUCCUUGUGAACCCUUGACCUUCAGAGCUCAUCACUCCUCCCUAGUCCUGCUUUUGCAGAGGUGAGAUUCAGUGAGUAAAGGUGUCGGCAUGUCGCACGCAAUUCAGGUUGCUAGCCUUUUCUUAGGGACAUAGCAAGGCCACCUCUGUACAUAAUCAGGCCUUGAGUAUAAUCUGUGAAGCCUUUCGUAGUUUCUUCUUUAGCCUUAGAUCGUUGUGCUUGUGAAUAAAACCACUACAAUCAGCGAAUCUAGAUAAGCUGUACAAAUCCUGCCUCGUGUGUCUUAGUGAAGUCGGUUUUGCUUCUAGGAUUAGCUCUUUGUGCAAUCGAGCGUUGUGCCCAGCUUGGACGGACCAAGUAUGUAUAUAUUACAUCGAAUCUAAUAACUUCCAGUCACGUCCAGUGAGGGAUGCAUAUAGUAAGGCAGCUUCCAAGUCAUGCGCAUGCGCAUGACUCGAGAGCAGAUGAGCUUACUAUGGCCUCCGAAUUUUGAAACCAAACUCUCUACGUCGUGUCUGGACAAGCGUAUCGACCAGAUUGGAAACCGAGCGAUCAUUCUCAAGAGAAGUCUAGGUCGUUCUCUCGCUUAGUCUAUGUGUCUCACAGGUGCCAGUUCUGUACAGAGCUGAAUUCAAAGAGCAAACGCUUUCUGGAGCUUUCUCUAGAAAGAAUUGCAUCUGAGCAACUGGCUGGAGAACCUAGAGUCGGCAUUCGAGUACUGUCCAUUAGUACUGUUUGUAGUUGUGUUAAAACAUGGGAAAGUAAACGGCACUUCCACGAGCAACUUCGCGGACUUAUGAACACGAGUUUAAUUCGAUAAGAAGGACGAGGUCCUCCAUAUGCGGAAGUGAGAUUCGAUGAGUCAGGUCUGGGCCCGAACGGAACCGGAAUCAGAUGAGCGUGGAAGUGGCAGUCGAUUCACAGAAGAUUAGUGUGAGCUCUACGGAGAAGCAUGACUUGCUUCUCCUAUAUGGCAAUCCACAGCUGUCAUGCUUGCCUUGCAAGAUAUUUUAACGUGGAAGGCCCUUGCACACAUUUUCUCAUCGAGGGAACUUGGGCGCUGGCUCAACCGUGUAUCGGCAGUUACACAUGCUUUCUGCAUUAGGCAGCUCGCUCUGGCAGCUACAGCCCACGACACCUUCAGGUUGCUUUACCAGGUUCUCCGCCUCGACACCGAGGGGAAAGCUGACCAUACGAGGUGGAAGUUUUUCCGACUGCCCCCUCUUUGAUCAAUGGCCUGGCACUUACUGUGGGACGUUUUAGCGGCCUCCGCCUAAUAGUUGUCUGCAUCGCAGGAAUAUGAUAGAAUGCCACGCAUUACUGUGACACUUAGAAACAACUUCCUUAUGUGGCAGCCACGUAUUUUUUUGAGACACGAAAAGCUUGCCAGCAUUCUCAGUGUGUGAGGAAGGUGGCUCGAUGUAGUUAUGACGUUCGUUCUCUCGCUUUCAUGUCAAAGAAUCUUUCAGAUUUCACCUCAUUUGAGUUGAACUAUAUUACAUGACAUCAUCGUGACUUCAUUGCCACCAGAUCUGUCGAGUAGCCAAGCCUCUCAACGCUAGGCCUCAGCACACGUGCCCUC